CAUCUGAAUAUCAAAUAGUUCAUUAAAAUUCAAUUGCAAAUUCUAAUUUCGCAAUGACUUGAGGUUUUUUGUUCUGAUUUUUAAGUGUUUUCUUUCUCAGCUUCUGCUAAAAGUGUAGCUGUCGUUGGCGCUGGCGUAAGUGGACUCGCGGCGGCUUACAAGUUGAAAUCACAAGGUUUAUAUGUUACGGUGUUUGAAGCCGAAGGAAGAGCUGGAGGGAAAUUAAGAAGUGUUUCGAGGGAGGGUUUGAUAUGGGAUGAAGGCGCAAAUACGAUGACUGAAAGUGAGAUCGAAGUUAGAAGUUUGUUUGAUGAUCUUGGUAUUCAAGAUAAGCAACAAGUUCCAACUGCACAGAACAAACGGUAUAUUGUGAGAAAUGGGGUGCCUGUAUUGCUUCCCUCAAAUCCCAUUGCAUUAUUCACAAACAAACUUCUUUCAGCAAAAUCAAAGUUCCAGAUUAUUUUGGAGCCUUUUUUGUGGAAGAAAAGUGACACCUCAAAAGUAUCUGAUGCUGAUAAUCAAGGAAAUGUGGGAGGAUUCUUCCAGCGCCAUUUUGGGCAAGAGGUUGUGGAUUACCUAGUUGAUCCCUUUGUUGGUGGCACAAGUGGUGGAGAUCCCGAUUCUCUUUCUAUGCGCCAUUCCUUUCCAGAGCUAUUUGAUCUUGAGCAAAGGUUUGGCUCCAUCAUAGUUGGAACAUUUAAAUCUAUCUUCUUUACCAAAAGGGAAAAUCAUGAAGAAACAAAAACUUAAGUGAAAAGGAAGGCUCUUCGUGGCACAUUUUCCUUCCAGGGUGGAAUGCAGACACUUGCUGAUAUGUUGAGCAAAAAUCUUUCCGAAGACAACCUUAAACUGAAAUCAAAGGUUUUAUCAUUAUCUUACAAUCAUGACGGGAAAUCUACAUCAGACAAUUGGUCUCUCUCUUAUGUUUCUGAUCGAGACAAGCGCUCACAAGGUUCAUCAUUUGAUGCUGUAAUAAUGACGGCUCCACUGUGCAAUGUCAAAGAAAUGAAAAUUACAAGAGGAGGAAAGGUCUUUCCACUGAAUUUCAUACCUGAGGUAAGUUAUGUGCCACUGUCCGUUAUAAUUACCACCUUUAAGAACGAGAAUGUCAAGAAACCCCUUGAAGGAUUUGGAGUUCUUGUACCUUCAAAGGAGCAGCAAAAUGGUUUAAAAACUCUCGGUACAAUUUUUUCGUCUGUAAUGUUCCCUGAUCGUACACCUAAUGAUUUGCACUAUACUACCUUUGUUGGAGGAAGUCGAAAUAAGGAGCUCGCAAAAGCCUUGACAGACGAGUUGAAGCAUAUUGUCACUUCUGACCUUCGGCAGUUGUUGGGAGUGGAGGGAGAACCCACAUUCUUGAAUCAUUUCUUCUGGAGCAAGGCGUUUCCGUUAUAUGGCCGUAACUAUUCUUCGGUAUUGGAAGCCAUUGAAAAGAUGGAGAGAGAUCUUCCCGGAUUCUUCUAUGCAGGUAACCACAAAGGCAGAUUAUCAGUGGGCAAAUCGAUUGCUUCUGGGUGCAAAGCAGCUGAUCAUGUGAUCUCAUAUUUGGAAUCUUCACAUCAGAAGCUGCUCAAAUGAUGGAUCACGAUUGAUGUAAGAAUUUUCAGUGUUGGUUAAUUAUGAUGUUUUUUUUUCCUU